GGUCAAUGCAUGCAACUGCGCCUGCGCUUAAAAUCGAUUGCGUGUCGUGUGGCUGAAUGUGAAAUUUUGGGCAGCAAACAUGUCUACUACUGCUGCCGCCCAGCAAAACAAUAACGAGGAACCUGUCCUCAUCGGAUCCUGGGUGGAGCUGGAGAUCAAUGGAAACACAGGAUCCCCGGCUAUGCAGCCAAACCCUUCACCACCCUCCUCAGCCUCAGGGAAUGGAAAUGAGGGGGAGAGCCAGCCCCUACAAACCCUAGAAGUGGUGCAAGAGGACGCAGAAGAGGCUCUGGCAGGUGGACUAGAGCACGUGCCUUCAUCCUCUUCCAUCCACAAUGGAGACAUGGAGAAGAUUCUUCUGGACGCGCAGCACGAGUCCAGCCAAAGCAGCUCCUCUUGCGACAGCCCUCACAGACCGCCCAGCCCAGAUCAGGACGAGGGGCAGAUCACCUUUGACGUGGAGAUGUCCACCCAGAGAGGAAGCCAGUCUGAGGAAGAUGGCUCUGAGAAAGACAGAGAGGAAGACAUCUUGAUGGACAAAGAAGCUGAUUGGGUGGCCGACUGGUCCAGCAGGCCCGAAAACAUUCCCCCUAAGGAGUUCCACUUCCGUCACCCGCGGCGAUCAGUGUCCCUGAGCAUGAGGAAAAGCGGGGCCAUGAAGAAAGGAGGCGUCUUCUCUGCCGAGUUCCUCAAAGUGUUCAUCCCUUCCUUGGUCCUGACUCACAUCCUUGCCCUCGGCCUUGGGGUCUACAUUGGGAAGAGACUCACCACACCUUCCACCAGCUCCUUCUAAACUCUAACUAAAGCAGUGCCUGGAAGUCAUGUCGAAAAUACCCACGUCGACUAAUAGUUAAAAAAAGACAAAAAUCCCUUCUCUUCCACCGCUUCCAACACACUCCCGACUUCCUCUAUCUCAGUCCCAUUCAGCCUUUGAUAAUCUUCCCCACUCUUUGUGAUCCUCUUCUGUUGUUUAUGUCAUAAUGCUCUGUGACACACACAUCCUAUUCGCUGGAUGGCCUGUGUUGAGGAUUUGUUCAUAUGCAUUUAGGUCUGCUUUCUGACACAGGAGUAGGACGUCACAGACAGCUCUGUCUAUGGCAUCCAACUGUCGUGGUGUCAGCAGGCCAUAAUAGACAGGCCCUGCCCAUACUUAUCUCGUACAGAAGAAAUGCAUAGGUAUAUGGUCUGGACUGCAGUUAAAAUAUAUCUACAUAGUAUCUCUGAAGUUUCUUUAGUAAUGCCUUUGACGGAUAGAUUGUGAGAUAUUCAGUGUGUAAGAGUUCUGUUUGUAACUUUUUGCAGGUUAAUUGACACCCCUGCAUGCAGUAGUGUUCCUUCUCCAGUCUUUGCAAGAGGAGGCUGCACGAUAUCUCACCCACAGAUAUAUCCUAUGACCCUAUGAUCCUAUGAUUUUAUAUUGAUCUGAAAUAUGCCCCAUAUCAUGUUUCAGCACAGCUUUUAAUUGGCUUAGAUAUAAGUGGCUGGGAAUCAUGUCAUUGCACAAUUGCUGUUUUAUAAGAAGUUUCUUCUACAGCCGUAGUGCAGUUAUCUGAAGAUGGGUAGAAGCUGGGCAUCCUGGCAUGUAGUGACACAUUGCCUUAUGGGUUUUGAUCAAGGAGCAUUGUAGGUCGGGUCCAGAGGGUUAGGAAAUGUGGCUAGUGUACUGUUGAGAGGAAAGUUUGAAAGAUGCAGAAUUAUGUGAAGGCUGCAGUUUUGCUCUUUCCUCGUAGCAUAUUUAUUUUCUCCUUAAAUCUCUUCUAAAUACUUUUGAAUAUAGCUAUAAAUUGUUUCUUUUUUGUCUUUUUUCUUUCUCAGAGCCUGUGUAAGAUUUAGAAAUGUACCAAUAUGGAAAAAUCCCUUGCUGAUACAGAUGUCAGGUAGAAGGACUAUGUGACCAACCAUCAUUAGUUUUUUCAGUGUCUAGUAUACAUAUAUUUUGAAUCAUACAAUACAACAACUACAGACAAGUGCCAAAUCUAUCUUUUAGUUUCAUCACCUCUCAUAUAAGCUAUAGUGCAGACACUGAUCUUAUUACCUGACAUGUCAAAACACUUAAACUGUGACCUGAUCCUGUUUGGUAAUCUACUUUGGUUUGACGUGUCCUUCGGGGAUUUUGACUUUAGACAUUUCGCUUUAUACGUUUUAUAGGAGAUACCUGAUAACAAUGUAAGUAAUGCUUUUGUAUAUAUGUUUAACCAUGACCAUUGUCGAAUUCAGAUGAAAAUCACAAUCCCUAUAUAGCACCAAAUUAACAGCGGAUAAUUCAGUGAAUGCUCACUCAGACUGAGGAUGGAAACCAUAACAGUGAUACAGGAAGAUGCUUUUCCCCACUGUCCUGUGCUGCUUGGUGAUGUAGGGUUUGUGAUUAAAUAAGUGGAGCCCUCCCCCCCCCCCUCCCCCCCUUUUUCUAAGGCUCCAUUGCAUGCAUGCUUUCAGCUUGAUAUUGACAACCGUUUAAUGUUGAUUUCAUACCGACAAUGCUGUUAAAUAGAUUUAAUCAAAGUGAGUGUUCAUCCUUUUAUCCAAGGUUGAAUACUAGUAAGCAUGUUAAUUGUUUUGUUUCUCCAAAAAUCCAAACUCUGCUUGCUUUUCAGUUUGUAUGGAGGGCAGGGCCCUCUCACUUCAUUUAAGCUAUGAUGAUGAUUCCAGUAGCAACAACUUAAAGCUGUGGCAUUUCAGUUUAUUUUCUUCAUAUUCUAAAACUCAUUAAAAUGUGGAAUUUGCCACAGACCUGUCUAA